GGAAAGACGCCGGGAGGGGAGCUUGCAGUGCGUUCUGGGAAAGUUGCUGGGCCAGCUCUUUUGUCUCCAGCCUGAGCGUUGCUUUCGGUUUCCCGAGGGUCUUCUGAGGCACCGCGGCUCCGGGGUGCUGGGUUCCCGGCUCUUCGCUGGGAGGCCUCCUCUCCGUACCUCGUUUUUUGGCUUGUGUGGGGGUCCUCCCACCGCUGGCCGACGCCGCCAGCAUGUCCGGGGUGCGCGCAGUGCGCAUCAGCAUCGAAUCGGCCUGCGAGAAGCAGGUCCAUGAGGUGGGCCUCGAUGGCACCGAGACGUACCUGCCGCCGCUGUCCAUGUCGCAGAAUCUGGCGCGUCUAGCCCAGCGGAUCGACUUCAGCCAGGGUUCGGGCUCCGAGGAGGAGGAGGCGGCGGGGACCGAGGGCGACGCGCAGGACUGGCCGGGCGCCGGGUCCAGCGCAGAUCAGGACGACGAGGAAGGAGUGGUAAAAUUUCAACCUUCCCUUUGGCCUUGGGACUCAGUGAGGAACAAUUUGAGAAGUGCCCUGACAGAAAUGUGUGUUCUCUAUGACGUUCUCAGUAUUGUUAGGGAUAAAAAAUUUAUGACUCUUGAUCCUGUCUCUCAGGAUGCACUUCCUCCAAAACAGAAUCCUCAGACGUUGCAGUUGAUAUCUAAAAAGAAGUCACUUGCUGGAGCAGCACAAAUCCUAUUGAAGGGGGCAGAAAGACUGACUAAAUCAGUUACCGAAAACCAAGAAAACAAGCUACAAAGAGACUUCAAUUCUGAGCUUUUGCGAUUACGGCAACACUGGAAACUUCGAAAAGUUGGAGAUAAAAUUCUUGGAGAUCUGAGCUACAGAAGUGCAGGAUCUCUCUUUCCUCAUCACGGUACAUUUGAAGUAAUAAAGAAUACAGAUCUUGAUCUGGAUAAAAAGAUACCUGAAGAUUACUGUCCUCUUGAUGUCCAAAUUCCAAGUGAUUUAGAGGGGUCUGCAUAUAUCAAGGUUUCAAUACAAAAACAGGCUCCAGAUAUAGGCGACCUCGGCACCGUUAACCUCUUCAAACGACCUUUGCCCAAAUCCAAACCAGGUUCCCCACAUUGGCAGACAAAAUUAGAAGCGGCACAGAAUGUUCUCUUAUGUAAAGAAAUUUUUGCACAGCUCUCUCGGGAAGCUGUUCAAAUUAAAUCACAAAUCCCUCACAUUGUGGUGAAAAACCAGAUUAUCUCUCAGCCCUUUCCGAACUUGCAGUUAUCUAUUUCUUUGUGCCAUUCCUCAAAUGAUAAGAAAUCCCAAAAAUCUACUACUGAGAAGCAAUGUCCGGAGGACCACCUUUAUGUCCUAGAGCAUAAUUUGCAUCUACUGAUUAGAGAGUUUCAUAAACAGACCUUGAGUUCCAUCAUGAUGCCUCAUCCAGCAAGUGCACCUUUUGGCCACAAGAGAAUGAGACUUUCAGGUCCUCAAGCUUUUGAUAAAAAUGAAAUUAAUUCAUUACAGUCCAGUGAAGGGCUUCUGGAAAAAAUAAUUAAACAAGCAAAGCAUAUUUUUCUAAGGAGUAGAGCUGCUGCAACCAUUGACAGCUUAGCAAGCCGAAUUGAGGAUCCUCAGAUACAAGCUCAUUGGUCAAAUAUCAAUGAUGUUUAUGAAUCUAGUGUGAAAGUUUUAAUCACAUCACAAGGCUAUGAGCAAAUAUGCAAGUCCAUUCAACUGCAAUUGAAUAUUGGAGUUGAGCAGAUUCGAGUUGUACAUAGAGAUGGGAGAGUAAUCACACUAUCUUAUCAGGAGCAGGAGCUACAGGAUUUUCUUCUGUCUCAGAUGUCACAGCACCAGGUACAUGCGGUUCAGCAACUCGCCAAGGUUAUGGGCUGGCAAGUACUGAGCUUCAGUAAUCAUGUGGGACUUGGGCCCAUAGAGAGCAUUGGUAAUGCAUCUGCCAUCACGGUGGCCUCCCCGAGUGGGGACUAUGCUAUUUCAGUUCGUAAUGGACCUGAAAGUGGCAGCAAGAUUAUGGUUCAGUUUCCUCGUAACCAAUGUAAAGACCUUCCAAAAAGUGAUGUUUUACAAGAUAACAAAUGGAGUCAUCUUCGUGGGCCAUUCAAAGAAGUUCAGUGGAAUAAAAUGGAAGGUCGAAACUUUGUUUAUAAAAUGGAGCUGCUUAUGUCUGCACUUAGCCCUUGUCUACUAUGAUUUUUUCCAGAUGUUUCCUAAAGAAGUUUCCAGAAACUUUGACAUGAAAUGUUUGCAGAUCAACUAUAAGUACAAAGAAGAGAUAACUUGCAAAGGAGUGCUGUUUUUAAAAACAAUAAUUAGGAAAUGUUUAUUUAGCACUUUGAAACUUUCGCUUUAUAAAUGACAAGUGCUUUGAAAUGCAGAAGUUUAUGUACAGUUGUAUAUACAGUAUGACAAGUUGUAAAAUAAUAUGUUUUUCAUGCAGUUUAAAAUAUUACUAACUUAAGCGUUUCUAUUUGCUUUUUAAUAUUCCUCUUUGAUGUGGACAUCACAUAAAGUGUGUGGUUUAAAAAAUCUCCAAAUACUUUUUCUUCCCCCAAAUACUUCCUAAACUGUUUUUUUUUUUAGAUGGAUUUCACUCUGUAGCCCAGUCUGGAGUGCAGUGGUGUGAUCAUGGCUCACUGCAGUCUUGACCUCCCGGGCUUAGGUGAUCCUCCUGUCUCAGCCUUCCGAGUAGCUGGGACCACACACAUGCACCACCAUGCCUGGCUAAUUUUUG